AUUUCUGACGUUAGAUACUGACCAUACUGUCAAUACAGAAAACAUUGAAAACUCAGCAAAACAUUGUGCGGUAAACAUUUUAUACCAAAAAACUGUAUUAGUUGAGUGAACGAAAAACGCGAUCACAAAUCAUGAAACGCAAGGCAAAGGAUCUGCUGUUCGAUCGGCUUCACCGGGGCGUCGUGUACACCUGCAUGGGUCUGACCCUCUGGGGUAGCUACAUGCUGGGGAUGCGUUUCUAUCGAUACUUCACCGUGAUAAGACCCGCCCGGCAGGAAGAAGAACGAAAGAUGAUCGAGGCUGGAGCCGGUCCGGGACCUGCUGCCAUUACGCUUGAUAAGGUUCCAACGUUGAAAUCGUAGUCCUAGGGAUUGUCAUGUGUAUUAGGGUUGUAAAAUGUUGACUUAAUAAAUUAUGUAAUGUAAA